AUGACUUCCACUCGUCCUCCUGUACUAGUUGUAGGUGCUGGGCCAGCGGGUCUGGUAGCAGCGUUGACACUCCUUCAGAACGGCAUCCCAGUCCGCAUCAUCGAUAAAGACCCCAACCCUCGCAUCGGACAGCGCGGUCCCGGCAUCUGGCCACGCACCAUCGAACUUUUCAACUUCUUGAAUGUCCCAGAAGUUAAAGAUCUGGGGAAAUCCAUCCUUAAGGUCCGUUCGUACAAGCCAGGGACGUUGGAACCUCUAGGGGAAUCUUUUGUGGCCCCGCAUAUGGAAACUACGCCCGCGAUACCAUUCCUUCCGAAGGCGAUAGGUCAACAGCUCCUAGAUGUGAUUCUGCGACGACACCUAGAGAAGUUCUCUUGUUCUGUUGAGAUGGGCACCGAACUACGUUCGUUCGAGCAGUCCGAUGUGGGCGUUACCGCUGUUCUAGCAAGGAACGGCAUAUUAGAAACGUUUGAUGCAAAGUGGCUGAUAGGCACUGAUGGUGCUAAAAGUGUCGUUCGCAAGCAACUCGGGCUUACAUUUUUGGGCGAGACCAGAGACGAUUUCCGAGUUAUCACCGGAGAUAUUUGUUUAAAGGCCGUUGGUCUUAACAGAUCGUAUUGGCAUCAAUUUCAAGUUGGAAAAUUCCAAGAACGACGCGUCUCAUUGCGUCCAACAGACGAAGUUGGAGAGGAUGGCUGGCAAUUUUCCAUAUCUGAUGGUGCCUUAGACCUGACAAAGGUCGCUCAGAGCGAGGAGCUUAUCUUUGAGAUGAUUGCAUCGUUGAUACCUACCGAAAUUACUUUCAAUAAGCUGGUGUGGGUGAGCGAGUUCCGGGCUAAUGUUCGGAUGGUGAAUAAGUUUAGUGAGGGUCGAGUGUUUGUUGCAGGCGAUGCUGCUCACGUCCACCCUCCAACCGGUGGUCAGGGACUCAACUCAGGUGUACAAGAUGCUUUCAACCUAGGAUGGAAACUCGCGCUUGUUGAGAAAGGACUUGCCGAUAAGUCUCUUCUCGAAACAUACAGCGCUGAGCGUCUACCUGUCAUCUCCGAGAUGCUCGCGAUGACCACCUCGAUUCUCAACCAAAUAAAAACUUUGGGACGCGUGUCGGUCCAACGAAGCCCCAUCAUGUUCAUGCUCGGUAUCAACUGCCGGUUCAGCACUAUUGUCCUUGAUGAAUUUGUAACUCCAGUCGAGGGGAGACCUAUCAAUGCCUACGGAGUACUCGACGAGGGGCACCUGGAAGCUGGAGACAGGGCGCCUGAUGCACCAGAUAUGUUACAGGUGGCGCUUGGAGAGUCUGAUUUAGACCCAAAGACGCUUUUUGGUCUGUACCGACCUUGGUACCACACUGUGCUUGUGUUCGCUCCAAGUCAUGCAAAUGCUAUCCCGAUCUUGGGCGAGCUGGAGGCUUACGACAAAAGCGUUGUGCGACUGGCAGUCGUUUUGCCUUCAUCCGCACCAGCGACACCCGUUGCAUCCCCUGCUGACCUCGUUCUUAUUGAUCAGGAGGGUCAUGCUUAUUCGGCUUACCUUGUGGAAUCUGACCAGACGAAGGUGUUUGUGAUACGACCGGACGGAGUAAUCGGAGCAAUUGUACACGGUGCAGAGGGCGUGAAGAAGUAUUUCUCGAGAAUAAUUUUGGAUGUGUAG